AUGCUCGUCAGAGGGUGGGCCCCACAGACCGCCAUCCUGGCUCAUCCGGCCGUGGGGGCAUUCCUGACGCACUGCGGGUCGAGCUCUCUGCUGGAGGCGGCGGCGGCCGGCGUGCCGAUGCUGACGUGGCCGCUGGUGGUCGACCAGUUCAUCGAGGAGAGGCUGGUCACGGACGUUCUCAAGAUCGGAGAGAGGGUGUGGGACGGGCCACGGAGCACGAGGUACGAGGAGCAGCAGAUGGUGCCGGCCGCGGCGGUGGCGCGGGCCGUGGCGAGGUUCUUGGAGCCUGGGGGAACAGGGGAGGCGGCGAGGGCUCGAGCGCAGGAGCUCGCCGUGAAGGCUCACGCCGCCGUGGCGGAAGGCGGGUCGUCGUACAAUGAUCUGCACAGGCUUAUCAGCGAUCUGAUGGAAACACGGAAGAUCUAG